AUGGUCCACGGUGUUAUUGGCUACUGGUCUGUGUUCAGAGUGGGCGUCAGUUUCAUUGUAUUGUGUACGUUUGUCGAGUCUUAUAAAGAACUUUGUGAUGCAAGAAACUUGAAUUGUGAGAAGUGGAAAGACUACAUGCUGGAGGAGCACAACAGGGUUAGGAAAGCAGCCUCAGCAAUACUUGGACUUCUCACAUGGAGUAAAAGUUUGGAAAAACAUGCUUUGGAGUAUGCACAAACAUGUAAGGGUGCUCACUCUGAUUACGUAAUGAGGAAGGAUGAGUCCGGUCUGGCGUGCACCUGGAUCGGUGAAAACGGAUGGUCUGGUUACCGCUCGCCGGGAGAUGAUGCAACAAAAGCUUUUGAAAAUGAAGAAAAGUACUGGAAUCAUGCAACCCAAAAAUGUAACCUCCACUGGACAAAAUGCGGUCACUAUAAACAGGUGAUUAGUCCCAAAACAUGCAUGUUGGGAUGUGGACGAGCUAAAUGUGGUGAUCACAAAAGAAAAAUUUGGUGCUGGUACGCCACCAACUGCCGUUCAUGCCAACCCGAUAAAAAGAGAGAGCUUUUACAACUGAUUGGACUGCGAUCAGAAAACGAGCUUGAGGAUUUUAUGAGAAGUCUCAACAACCAAACCAUGCCAUCCCCUGUCUCUCCACCUCCUAGUAUAUCUUCCUCUGGCCAAGCUGUCACAGGGGUGGACACAAGUGAGAGCGGUGAGGAAUCUGAUGACGUCAACGAUUCCGUCGAAACUACCUGAACUCUUAGAAGAAGCCGUCCAUAUUCAUAUACUCAUGUUAGCUUUUCCAAAUGUGUUAAUCAA